AGCUGAAUGUCGAAUAUGUGUUCAAACCGAGAUUAAGAGCAUCAAAUAUGAAUUAGAUUUGAACAAGUAUUGGUUCUUUGUGUCUGCUGUUCGUGACAAAAGACCCAUUUGGCUAUGGCGGUGUCGCCGCAGAGAUUAAACGCUGAAAUGGAACUGCAGAAGGUACAAAAGAGAUUAGACCUUCUGACAGCCGAGUACAACAAACUGGUGAACUCACACGCCGAACUGCAGAAAAGACACCAUCUGAUGAUGUGCUCAAACAAUUCCAGUGGUUCGGUUGCAACUAACCUCUCGGAUGAUAAUUUCCCUGUGAAUAUCCUUCGCUUCAUCGGGACUCUUCUAUUCAAUGAGAGGUUCUCAGACGUGUCUAUGACAUUCAGAGAUGAAUCGGACAGACCAGUACCGUGUCACACGUUUGUGCUUGAAGCACGUGGCUUCAAAUGCAAGCGAGACUCUUCUUCAGAAAAAGACUCGGAUUCAGAUCCAAGGAUUGUAAACAUGUGUGAAACUAGCAGAGAGAUUGGCUCAGCUAUGCUUAAAUGGAUGUACACAGAUACUCUGGAGCUAUCUGGUAAAUCUGAAUCGUUUCUGAUGGACAUGUUGCGAGUCUCAAGUGACUGCAACUUGAGUGAACUGAAACAGCUGACAGAACAGUCUCUGGCCCCGUUUGUUCACACUGAGAACGUGAUCAAGAUGUACCAAGUGGCAGUUCAGAGUAGUGCAAAUACACUAAAGCAGCACUGUUCCGCUGUCAUGUUCUCUCACUGGCACAACUUCUCCCAUUCCGACUUCGAACCCCUUGACACAGACACCCUGUUCUUCAUUUUGAAGCAGAGAAGUGAAACGCCUCUGCACGCGGCCAUCAGACUGAGGCGGGAGGACAUAGUGUACAAAUAUCUCAUAGAGUACACGGAACAACUGCCGACAUCAAUCAAUGCCCCGGACGAGACAGGCGAAGUAGCUUUAUUCAUAGCCCUCAAUACCGACCAAGCCAGUGUAGCCAGUCUUCUAGUGGAACACGGUGCAGAUGUCAAUGUCCAAUUCGCCAUUCCAGUCUUUAAAAAUGAAGAGAUAACCAAUUCUCCAACUAGCAGACCUCUACUGCACUAUUUCAUUAUACUGCAGCAGUUCUACCCUGCACAAUUUCUGUUGGAUGCGACAGAUAUUGAUGUGGCACAACCCGCCAGGGAUUCUCUAGACACGGCUCUGCAUGCUUUUGCGUCAGUGAAGGAGCCCACAGACGAAACAUUGUCUCUGCUGGAUCGAAUUUUAAAUGCAGAUGAUGAAAGCUUACAAGUCAAUGUCAACCUUACAAAUAGUUUGGGUCAGUCAGCUCUGCAUUGUAGCAUACACAAUAGAAAUUUCAAAGUGUUCGAACGACUGCUGGGAAUCAAAACUACUGAUGUGAACAUUAUGAACCACGAGAGGGAAAAUGCGCUCUGGUUGGCUGUUAAACAAGACGAGAGGGAGUUCGAAGCUAAUUUGGAGCCGAAAUUUAGUUCGGCGCUAUUGAAACGUGGAGCUAAAAUUGACAUCAAUAUCACUAACGAUAACGUACCAUUCCUAAACUACUUGGCCGAACAUCUGUACGAGAACGCGGCCAUUUACUUUGUUCAGCAGAAAUGCAACAUCAAUCAUCAAGACUCAAAUGGUCUCUCUGUGCUGCACAUCGCUUGUAUGAACAACUUAGCUAACUUAGUUUCCACACUGCUUAAUAUUGGAGCCAAUUGUAAUAUACACACUAAAUAUGUUGCGGCAGAGAAGCCCCGACCAGGACCGCCCCCGCCACUGCCCAAAAUUUCAGUCUCGUCACCUCUUCCAGUUUCUCCGUCAUCUGAAUUUUCAGAAAAGAGUUUGAAAAAGAAGAAAAUAGUGAAGAAAAAAGUAUUGAAGCGUGUUUUGAAGCAGAAGAAAUCAAAUGAUACGUUUCCCUUCAAUAAUGUAGCCUCGAAUCCGGAAUUAAAGAAGCAGAGUUCGUUGAAUCCAUUUGACGAAGAUGACGGAGACGCCGAAGACUGGGCCUCAAAUCCUUUUGCAGAUCCAGACAAUGUGAGUAUCUCUACAAAUCCGUUCGAAGAAGCGGUGCCAUCAGAAAGGAACGAAAGCCCUCCUGAAGAUGAGUUUGAAGAAAUCGAAGAAUGGAUUGAUGAAGAAGUAACUGACGAUGAUUUUUCGGAUCCUGACGUGAGUGUGAUAUCCUCCUCACAACUCGGAAACGCCAUUACUAAUUUCUCAUUCGGCGACACGACUUCAACUAAACCGUCAUCGGCUAACCAAAACGAAAGUUUCGAAGAGGAGGAAUCAACAAUAUCAUUGGCCUCGGAGGCCUCGCAUCAAACUCCCCUUCAUCUUGCAAUUUGGCACAAGCAUGAAAACAUUGUACGGCUCAUGAUCGAAUUUAAAAGAACUAACCCCGAAAAGUUAAAUUUGGAUGAGAAAAAUAGUUUCGAGCAAACGCCGUUCGCAUUAUCUCUUUGGCUGGGCUUAAACUGCGCUGACGAAUUGCUAAAAGCUGGCUCAAAUAUCAACGAUCGAAAUGCAAUUGGCGAAUGUCUACUUCAACAAGCUAUAAUGCACCAAGACAGCUCAAGCGCUUUAUUUUUAUUAGACCGAAACGCUGAUUUUUCAUUCCGAUCUGCGAAUGGUGAUUCGCCUUUGAUGUCAGCAAUUAAGCGGCAUCUCCCGUUAGUAGUGGACGCUUUAUGUAUACGAGGAGCUGAUAUGUCACAGGCUGAUACGAAUAACAAUUUGCCGCUCUGGGUAGCUUUGGAAACAGGGCAGGAAGAUGUGGCUUCAAUUCUAGUGAAGCAUGGCUGUGAUGCCAAUGGGUGGCAUAUUUCCCCGCGAGAUGGAUACUUCCAAACAAUGCUGCACCGAGCUAUAAAGGAAAAGAAUGAAGCGGUGGCUUGUUUCCUUGUGCGCUGUUGCGGCAACGUGGAUCUGGAAGCAGUCUACCAGGAAUCGGCUCCAGGGUGUAACCUGAAUGAACGAGCGAAACAGGAUCUGGAUCGACAGGACACCCCUGGACACCUGGCUGCCAGACUAGGUCUGGCUGGAGUCCUUCUGGCCUUGUUGGAACACGGAUUCAAAGUCAACAGCAAGAACUCGGAGAAGAAGACUUGUCUGCAUAUUGCGAUCGAAUCCGAGAACUCUAACUGUGUGGAUGUAUUGAUGACGUGUCACGAGGUAUCCUUGAGUGCGAAGGACGCGCGAGGAUCCACUCCAUUCGGAUACACUCUCAAGUACAAGAACGACAGGGCAGCCAACCUCAUUCUGCAGAGGGAUCCCAGUGCCGUGGAACAUCUGGACAACAGAGGCAGGAGUCUCCUACACUUAGCUGCACAAUCAGUUGACCUUCAGUCUGUCCUCUUUCUGCUGACCUGUAGAGCCAACGUGAACGUAAGAAUGCAAGACAAGUCAGACAUGACGCCUCUACAUGUGGCUGCUCUCUCCGCCCAACCGAACAACGACUCACUUCAGAUGAUCAUGCGAAAUCUGAUUCUCGCGGGCGCCAAUGUAAACGCGGUCACAAGAGUUGUUCAAACAGCACUGCAUUUGGCGGCCGAUAGGGGAAGUCAUGAGUUGUGUGCUAUUCUGCUGGAAAACGGAGGCGCUGAUGUGAAUAUCCAAGAUGCAGAAGGAAAUACACCACUGCAUUUGGCAGUAAAAAGCAGACACGUCUACACUAUUAAACGCAUACUCGAACUGAGCAAGAACAAGAUUGACUUGAGACUGAAGAAUGCUCGUGGACGCAAUGUGCUGCAUACUUUGGCCGCUUGUUCCUCAAAAGCAGACUCCACUUCUGUAAUGUCCAUAUUCCCACUACUACUCAACGCCGCAGGUAAUACAAUUUCGCUGAACGACGAAGACUCAGAGGGAAAUACGAUGUUACUCCUCGCUUACAUCAACGGUCACUCCCAACUGUGUCGUGCUCUGGUGACCAGGGGGGUGACAUUGGGAACUGUGAACAAACAGGCACUCAGUAUAUUCACAUAUCCUGCACCCACUACUGAUCUAUUACACGGGCUGCUCAAACUUGUCAGCAGUGAACCGAAGUGGAGUGAGUCAGACGUGUGUAUGGAGUGUGUGGCCAAAUUCACAGUGACCUUCAGAAGACACCACUGCAGACACUGUGGCAGAGAACUAUGUGCCCCCUGCUCACAACAGAUGUCGCCCAUCCCAAAAUUCCACCUAGACAAGAACGUGCGAGUGUGUAAACACUGCUACCACGUCAUACGCAUGGGAGGCGCCAUCUAACAGCAACCAACAUGCAGUUUCUCUCUAUACGAACUUGUUCAGAACUUGUUUUUUUGGACGGUUUGAUGCUUGAAGUUAAUGAAUAAUCUGUGACACCGAGUGUGGAAUCACCUGAAAAUCUAUGAUUUGUUAAGCAACAAUAUCAACCGUAAGGACUCGUGAUUGAACUGCGAUGAAAAUGACUGUAGUUCAUUGAGAAUCGACUGAUGUAUGUUGACUGUGAAGUUGGCUUAAAUUGCGACAAUUGUGAAAAUUUGUUAGUUUUAGAAACGUUGUUUCGAUGUUGUAUAUAUAUAUAUAUAUAUUUAUUUCUCCUGAUUUAUCAAGCCGACGACUCUCCGUUUAAUCGAAUCAAGUUAUAUGUUAUUGUUCCGACUUUCGAUACGAAAGUAACGGAAUAUUUGUGCUCGGGGUGGGUUUUUUUUCUUCAGACAAAUUUCGACUU